AUGCAUGUCCGAUAUGGUCGAAAUGAUUUCGAGAAAUUCUGCCAGAAGACAGCCCGAGGAUCCAAUCUCUCCAUCGGGUCGCAUUCAAUUGGCAAGAUUGACAUCGACUGCAAGUACCGGUGGAAAAAGUCGCAAUGGGGUGUGCUGGGGAGAUCAGACCCGGCGGGCAUUAUGUACAUGGACAUCACCUUCCACCAGCCCGCGGGUUACAGCCUGGAGCGAGCCAACGUCUAUGUCACACUGAGUGAGGACCCCGAGUCUUAUGCGCUGAGGAAGGACAGCGGACAUAGCCGUGCCAGAAGACGCGAGCAGUCUCUAGACGCUGCCUGUGCUGUGCAAUUUACUGACCACUACGGCCCUCGAUACCUCACCGGGGCGAAAUCAACUCGCACCGAGGCAAAGUCCAACAAGAUAAUCCCCACUCUCGGCAUGAUGGGCUUCGAGCUGGGGGGUGUCGGGCAUGAAACGACGGUAUCUCGCGAGUUGACCGAUCGAUGGGUGUUCAAAGGUCUCGUCCGGAAGCCCAAGACAGGCCCAGGCUAUCGCACAUUGGAGUGGGAGCUGAGCGGGAACAGCCUCGACGCUACUCAGGAUCAUCGGCAAGAGUAUCACACUGCCUUUGCUUUUGAACACAGUCAGAGACCUGUUUUCAUGCGGGUCGAGAUUGACGGGAAACUGCGCGACAGAGGCAGCAAGCUCAAGUACAGCAUGAUCAAGUUCUCAUCCAAUCUUACCAAGCAGGACUUGUCCACCUUGACUCGGAUAGACCUCACUGGUCUGCCCAGCACAAAACGGCUUGACCAGAUCGCCCAUGGGCUGAACAUGGACAUGCAGAGGGAAAACUACAUAGAUUGUCCCGUCGAGCUUCCCUCUCCCAAGACGGCCAACUUUUUUUCUGAGCCCCUGCCCCAGCCCGUUUCCGCUGAAUCCGCUCCAGGUCUAAUCGCAUCAAAUAUGAACACAAUGGGGGCUAUCUUAGAUCUAGGCGACGAUGAAUUAUUGAAGCUCCAACUCGGCAAGCCAGCUGGCCGGAUUGAGAACAAAUCUGAGGAUGCUAUCACAGAAGAAGACAACCGUUCCGACACAACAGAAGCCCAGCAGGAAUUAUCGGAGAGCAUGGCCUCAACCCUCGUCAAUACAGAGAUCAAGGCCAGGCCUGCCCUAACUAGAGAUACCGCUGCUGAGCUUCUCACCAUUCCCGCUGUUCUGAGUGUUCUCAAGGUGUUAGCCAUUGUGUUACAGUGGUGGAGCUUUUUUUCAGUACGCGCAGAGGCGUCAUCUCAAAGUAAUCCCACGUUUCGGGCCGUGGAGGGUCGACACGAGGAGACUAAGCUUAUAGAUGAGGAGGAGGAGCCCGUAAUUGCGAAGAGUCCUCGAAGUCGCGAUUCAACUACGCGGCAGGCAGUGGUAAUGUGA